AGUAUAGUUAGUCUGCAUUCGUCCGGGCUCCCAUCGAGUCGAUAGAACGGCGCAAUCAACGCUAAUACGAAUACACGAAUCUUACGCGCAUUCAACUUACGAUUGUUGUUAACAGCCUACGGCGGCGUGUGCGAGUGGCUGUGAUAAAAACAAAACAAUACUGAAAGCAGCUCAAUCGAUUGAUCGCCAACGAUUGCAGCAGUUGUGGGGACAAGUGUUUUUUAUUGUUAGUCUCUAAGCCUGCAGAUAAAAGACACAAACUAAUGACUGAUAGAACAGAAAGCGAAUCACCCUGGAAUAUGAAUUCCUCAAGCGGUGACGAUGAGGCGCCCAAGGAUCCGCGCACAGGCGGUGAGGACUUUACACAGCAAUUUACCGAAAACGAUUUCGAAGGACAUCGCGCACACACAGUCUAUGUGGGCGUGCAUGUGCCUGGAGGACGACGCCAUUCGACGCGUCGACGCAAGCAUCAUCAUAGCAGCGCCGGCACUGGCACUGCGGUCGCUGCUGCUGCCGCCGCCGCCGCUGGCCUUGGCUCUGGCCGCAACAGCAUUAGCGACAAGCAACAGGAAGUUGAGCGUCCAGUUACGCCGCCCGCACAACGCGUACAGUUUAUAUUAGGCGAGGAUGUGGACGAUGGCACGCACGUGUCGCAUCCGCUGUUCAGCGAGAUGGGCAUGCUGGUGAAUGAGGGCGGCGAGAUUGAGUGGAAGGAAACCGCGCGCUGGAUUAAGUUCGAGGAGGAUGUCGAAGAGGGCGGCAAUCGCUGGUCCAAGCCACAUGUAGCAACGCUAUCGUUGGCUUCGAUAUUUGAGCUGCGUCGUUUGCUGGUCAGUGGCAGCGUUAUGCUGGACAUGGAGGCGCAUAAUCUGGAGCUGGUAGCUGAUUUGGUUUGCGAUCAAAUGGUAAGCAGCGGUCAGCUGCCCCCAGGUGUUAAGGAUAAGGUAAAGGAUGCGCUGCUGCGUCGGCAUCGCCAUCAGCAUGAGUAUGCCAAGCGAACGCGGCUGCCUAUCAUAAGAUCGCUGGCGGAUAUGCGUAAUCAGUCUUCAUCCAAAAUUGAAGAACAGUCGGGCAACGCUUUGUUGGCCACUACGCCGCUCUCAUUAACCGCCAGCGAACCAGGACCGCCUGGCAAUACCAAUGGCAACAUGGCAAUGGGAAUGGGACGUUUUCUAACGGUACCCGGCAAGCCCAGCAACAGAACGCUUGAGGAUAUGGUCAAGAGUCCCAGCAGUCAAUCCAUGGCCAGGCAGACAAGCGGCACCGAAUUGGCGGAGCAACAACACAAGGGCAAUACGCACUUUAUGCGUAAGAUACCACCCGGAGCAGAGGCAAGCAACAUUCUAGUGGGUGAGGUGGACUUUUUGGAGCGCACACUCUCCUGCUUCAUACGCCUGAGCACAGCGGCCGUUAUGGGCGAUCUAACCGAGGUGCCAGUGCCCACAAGAUUUAUUUUCAUUUUGCUUGGGCCACCUGGCAGUCAGAGCAACUUCCAUGAAAUUGGACGCGCCAUGGCUACGCUAAUGUCGGAUGAGAUUUUCCACGAGGUCGCUUAUCGCGCACGCAAGCGCGAUCAUUUGCUUGCCGGCGUGGAUGAGUUUUUGGAUGCUGUGACAGUAUUACCGCCCGGUGAAUGGGAUCCCACUAUACGCAUCGAACCGCCAGCGGCUAUACCCUCACAAGAGGUGCGCAAGCGGCCGCCCGAGCUGCCCAAGGAGGAGAUCGACGAGGAGGAAGAGGAGCAACGUUUGCGUGAGGAGUCCGGACUCUCGCGCAGUGGUCGUCUCUUUGGCGGUUUGAUGAACGAUAUUAAACGCAAGGCACCCUGGUAUUGGAGCGAUUUCCGCGAAGCACUCUCUAUGCAAUGCGUUGCCUCUUGGAUCUUUUUAUACUUUGCCUGCCUGUCGCCUAUUAUCACCUUUGGUGGUCUAUUGUCGGCCGCUACGGGCAAGCAUAUGGCAGCUAUGGAAUCUUUGGUAUCUGGUUUUGUUUGCGGCAUGGGCUAUGGCUUCUUUUCCGGUCAACCGUUAACAAUUUUGGGCUCCACCGGUCCAGUGUUGGUAUUUGAAUCAAUUGUCUAUGAGUUCUCGAAAUCUCAAGGCUGGGAUUAUAUGACAUUCCGUUUCUGGAUCGGCAUGUGGGUUGCCCUCAUUUGUUUCGUGCUGGUCGCCAUCGAUGCCAGCGCCCUGGUCUGCUAUAUAACACGCUUUACCGAAGAGAAUUUCGCUACACUUAUUGCCAUCAUCUUUAUCUACAAGGCUAUAGAGAAUGUUGUCGUCAUUGGCACUACCUUUCCGGUUAAUCAAGGGACGUAUAAUUGUGUCUGUACCCCGCCACCGUAUAGCAAUGCAACGUUCUUGGAGUUUGCUCAGUAUAAGUGGGAUUCAUGUGGGUCCCACAAUGGCGUACUAGUUGGCUCCGCUUGCAACAAACCACCCACCGAGAAUGUCUUCCUGAUGUCCGUUGUGCUAUGUGCCGGCACUUUCAUUUGCUCCACUGUACUUAAGGAAUUCAAGAACGCGCUCUUCUUUCCCUCGAUUGUGCGUCAGUACAUAAGCGACUUUAGCGUACUGAUUGCCAUCUUUGCUAUGACCUUCUUCGACUACUCGCUUAAUGUGCCCACACAAAAGCUGGAGGUGCCACAUGAAUUGAAACCCACGCUGGAUACACGUGGCUGGUUGAUACCUCCAUUCUCAGAAAAGAAUCCCUGGUGGACACCCAUCAUAGCUGUAUUUCCUGCCAUGUUGGGCACUAUACUCAUCUUUAUGGAUCAACAGAUUACAGCAGUUAUUGUUAAUCGCAAGGAGAACAAAUUGAAGAAGGGCUGUGGCUAUCAUUUGGAUUUGUUUGUACUCUCAGGCUUGAUUGCCAUUUGCAGUAUCAUGGGACUACCUUGGUUUGUGGCUGCUACUGUGCUGAGCAUUAAUCAUGUGAAUUCAUUGAAGCUGGAAUCGGAGUGCAGUGCCCCUGGCGAGAAGCCACAGUUCUUGGGUGUGCGCGAGCAGCGUGUGACACAUAUCUUGAUAUUCCUAACCAUUGGUGUGUCUGUGCUAUUGACACCGCUGCUCGGAAAUAUACCAAUGCCAGUGCUAUUUGGUGUAUUUUUAUAUAUGGGCGUGGCCUCGCUCAAGGGUCUGCAGUUCUUCGAUCGCAUACUGAUUAUGUUUAUGCCAGCGAAAUAUCAACCGGACUACAUGUUCCUGCGGCAGGUACCCAUUAAACGCGUACAUCUGUUUACUAUCAUACAGCUUGCCUGUUUGAUUGUAUUGUGGCUCAUUAAGAGUUUCUCACUGACUUCUAUAUUAUUUCCACUCAUGUUGGUGGUCAUGAUAGGCAUACGCAAAUCAUUGGACUUUGUGUUUACGCGACGUGAAUUGAAAAUACUCGAUGAUAUAAUGCCAGAGAUGACGAAGCGUGCCGCAGCAGAUGAUUUGCAUCAAUUGGACGCUGAGGAUAAUCAUCAUCAGCCACCAGCAAGCGGAGCCUACACUACAAAAAAUACUACAGCAGGUGCUGCAACAACUAUACAUAUACCGUUAACCGGCAAUGGCAACACUGCAAAGCCACCGGAAGUCAAUCGCACUGCAGUGUGGCAACAACUGAAUAAGGAUGGACUAACUGAGCAGCAGCUAAUCGUGCCGGUUACUGUUAAAGUGCGUCAGAUCAAUGGCAAUCAUGCCGCUGCCAAUGCUGCGCUCUCGCCACGCCUAUCGCCCAUGCAUGAGGCGGAUGAAUAUAAUGAAGCCACUAGCCAAAAGUCCGGCAGCACACUGAUGACAACGCCCAGCAAUUGCAAGGAGGCCGCAGCUAAGCUAGAAGGUGCCGCUGUUAAUGCACAAACCCCAGCCAGCAUAACACCGGUCUAAAGUGGAACUAGCAGCAGGCACCACCCCCCACUAACCCACCACAAAUGCACAAAAGACAAAGAGCAAGAAAAAAAAAAUGUUGUUGUAGUAGUUACAUUUAGCAUUUUGUGGGCAGUUUGAAUAGCAUUAACAUAAAAAACAGGGAUUCUCACAUACCCUUAUUCCAGAAAGUAAAGGGAGUUUCGAAUUUACUGCAAGCAUUUAAAAACUAACAAAAAAUUGUCAAAAAUUAUUUGAAA